UCGGCCUCGAAAGUUUGUGGCUUGUCUGAAAAAAACAUAAGCAAGAAGAAAAAGCUAAUUUCAAGAAAAAAAUCGAGGAUGUUUAGCAGUGCUUUGACCCUUCAGGUUCUUCCACUGGUUGUUCUCCUAGGGACCCCAGGUUUGUGCGCUUCCCAAUUUUCCUCCUGGGCCAACACGAUGAAAGACGAGACUGAUGACUACGAAGACUACCACGACUACUACUACUCCAGUUUGGAGCUGGACUCCAAACGCCAGCAGCAGCUCUUGGAGGAGCUGAGCUGGUUCGGGACAUCUUCAGGUGACAUCUCUGCCAGAAGAGACCCRUGCUCCUCCAGCCCCUGCAAGAACGGUGGUAGCUGUGAGGCCAAAGGAAGUGGCUUCAGCUGUCACUGUCCCGAGCCGUAUGGGGGGACUACGUGUGAAAAAGUGGAGGACAUGUGUCUGGGGAAGAACUGCCACUUUGGUGACUGCUUGAUUGUGUUAACCCCACCCUACUUUAAGUGCAGCUGCAAACCUCCCUACAAGAAACCCUUCUGCCAACGCGCAUCCAAACAGUGCAGUCCAAACCCUUGCAAAAAUGGAGGAACCUGCAUACGGAACAGACACAGAUCCAAAUUCACCUGCAAGUGCCCUGAACCCUUCAGAGGGAGAUUCUGUGAGAUYGGACCAGAUGAUGAUUGCUAUGAAGGGGACUCCUCCACRUACAGGGGAAGAGUGAGCCAAGCAGCAAAUGGCAGGACCUGCCUGCACUGGAACUCCCACCAUCUCUUGGACCACCCUUUUAAYGCCUUUAUGGAGGAUGCUGACUCACAUGGCAUUGGUGAACACAACUUCUGCAGGAAUCCUGAUGAGGAUGAAAAACCCUGGUGCUACAUCAGAAAAAAUAAUGAAGUGGAUUGGGAAUUCUGUGAUGUUUCACCCUGCUCAGCUGAAGAGACCCCAACAGAACCCCCAACAGACCCCCCUGAAAUAUUCCAAACAUGUGGACAGCCAGAAGUUCGUAGCACUCUCAAGAGGAUCUACGGUGGAUCCAAGGCUAAACCUGGAAAACAUCCCUGGAUGGCAUCUCUGCAGAGACAGACUCCAGCUGGGAACGAGCAUUUCUGUGGUGGAGUGCUGAUUAAAUCAUGCUGGGUUCUUACUGCUGCACACUGCCUUGAAGACCCAAAAACAAAGAUCCAAGUAGCCCUUGGAAAGCUAAACCUCAAGAAGAGCGARCAUCACGAGCAAAUAUUUGAUGCAGAGGAAGUAAUUUUACAUGACGAAUACAGAGAGAAGGAUGGCAUCCUAUACAAUGAUAUUGGACUACUUAGACUGAAGCCAGUUGAUGGUUACUGUGCAGUGGAAACUAAGUAUGUGAAAAUAGCAUGUCUCCCUGAAUUCCUCCUUCCUGCUGGGACUUCCUGCUUCAUUUCUGGAUGGGGCGAGACAGAGACAGAUGAACAAUCCCAUCAGCUGCUAGAUGCCAAUGUCAAGCUGAUUUCGCAGAGGAAAUGCAAUGAGCCCGAGUUGCACCAUAACCGACUGGAUGAGAGCAUGUUUUGUGCAGGGAAACUUCGGAAAGCUGGAAUCGAUUCUUGUCAGGGAGACUCUGGAGGCCCCCUGACUUGUGUGGCAAACAGCUCCUACUACGUAUAUGGCCUUGUGAGCUGGGGUGAUGGGUGUGGGCUCAAAAACAAGCCAGGAGUUUAUACCCAGGUGACAAAAUUCACCAGCUGGAUUAAAUCUGUGCUUCAGUCUGCAUCGAGGUCACGUCAUUAGGAGAGAGCUUUGGAGUGACAAACGCUGCAUUUGCCUCCUCUUGAACUGCAGAAUUUCUGAAGCAUCAGGGUUGACUCCAGCGUGCUGA